UUCCUCCCCUCCCGCUGUUACUUUAUAUGAAACCGCAGGUGUUUACGUUUGUUAUUUGGGGUGAAGAAGCGGGGUCGUGUUCGUAAGAUUGGAAGUUUUUAAAAGCAAUCUGUAAACAAAGUCUGAUUAUGACAUUGCUUUAAUCUUGUUAAUGUGUUUAGCGCACAUCGCAUAGGUUAGCCUACUUUCGAUUUCCUUGGAUUCGUGGAAACAGAAACCAACAUAAACGGCGGCGCCAUGGACAGUGGAUUGUACAUGCCAGGAAAAAUACAAGAGGAUCGUUUCAACAAAAUCAAGGAUGUGCUUGCCUCUGAAAGCCCUGAAGCAAUCCCCCACCGGCUUAUGUCUCUUUUGGAGGUUUUUGACAAUUUUAAGAUAGAUAUCGCUGUGACUGGAGAGUCUGGUGCAGGGAAGUCUUCUCUUAUCAAUGCGAUCCUCAGAUUGAAUCCUGAUGACACGGGGGCUGCUCCAACUGGAGCUGUGGAAACCACAAAGCAAGCAACCAUGUAUCAGCAUCCAAAUCUUCCACACGUCAGACUGUGGGAUCUUCCAGGGAUGGGCACCCCUACCUUUGCAUCCAAGAGUUAUGUAAAGACAAUGAACUUUGACCUAUAUGACAUGUUCAUGGUUGUGAUGUCGGAGAGAGUCAGAGAAAACAACAUGCUGUUGAUUGAUGAAAUUGAGCAACGAAAGAAACCAUUUUAUUUCAUUAGAACAAAAAUUGAUAAUGAUGUGCGUAGAAAGAAAACCAAAUUCUCUCAGAUACGUGCAUUGGAUCAAAUGAGACAAGACUGUGAGAAAUAUCUGAAGGAGAAGAAACUGGACCCACAUGUGUUCCUAGUGUCAUCCCAUGACACAGAAAAGUAUGAGAUGCAGAAGCUCAUGGACACUUUUAAGGAUGAGAUUUCUCAACUUAGAGCAGAGGUAUUUUCAGAUUUCCUGGAUAAGAUGUUACAUGGAGGAUGGAUAAAGGCCAGGUAUGCUACAAAUCACAUCCAACAGACUGGGAAACUUGAAACGGAGGACAUCACAGCACUGCAGGAUAUGUAUAAGCGCACAGGCUUUGGAGCUGCUAAAGUCAGUGCUGUUCUUGAGGCUUUGAGUCACUUUCAGCUAGAUGUGGCAGUUUUGGGUGAGACAGGCUCUGGAGCAUCCACUUUGGUAAAUGCCUUAAUUGGGCUGAAGAAUGAAGAGUGUGGUGGGGCUUCAGCAUCCAUCAGCAACCCAGCAAUGAGUCUGGGAUACCCAGAUGUACGGUUUUGGGACAUAUCAGGCAUAGAGGGAGUCAUGGAUUACUCAAUGUAUGAAAUGAAACAAGUCCUGAAUUAUUAUGACUUCUUUAUCAUCAUUGUUUCAGACUGGCAGAAAGCACGGCAUUUAAAACUAGCCAAAGCAGUUGAAGAAUUAAGGAAGCAUUACCUCUUGGUCCAGACCAAAAUCGACUGUCAUCUACAUACUCUAAGUGACGUGUUCUGUGAUGAGACUGAGAUAAUUGAUGAGCUUCGGGCACAAUAUACACAGGAGCUUCAGAUGGCAAAACUGUCUGAACAGCAGAUGUUUCUCAUCAACAGUCUUGACAGAUGUGCAUUUGACUUUGUAGGUUUGGAAAGUGCGCUCUCUAGUGACCUCAACACUGUCAGGACAAGUGCUUUCGCAUAUUAUAUAGCAAGAACAGUAAAGAAACCUAAAUAAAAAUAAAUAAAAAAACAUAGAAAUGUAAGAUAUGAUGCAGCAUUAAAUUGUUUUAAAAUGAGUUGAUUUCUGUGUAAUUUACCAUUAAUUAUUUAAGCGUAUUAUUAUAGUAUAACAUAUUUUAUUAAUAUUUAAUAUUAUUUUCAACUGGUGUGCAAUAUAACAUAUUAAUAGAAUUAACAAAUAAUCUUUAAUUGUUUAAUAUACUGUGUAAUUCUGUAUUUUUCGGUCUGUGACAUAUCUCUUUGAAAUAUAUGAAAUGUAAGAAAAUGUUAGAGAGGCACCACGUUUUGGAAAGAUUGCUUUGUCCUAAAGAAUAGAAGAUACACAGUUGGAAAACAGAAAAUUAUUUGUAAAAUUUGGUCAGCAUUAAAAUAUGUGAACUGUUGUUCUCAAUAUACUGUUGUAAUAUAUGUUUGUAUUUAUUGUAAUAACUGCAGUUUUCACAGAUAGGACUAUUUGUUGUGUAUUAAAAUGUUUAUGAAAAAUA